AUGUCACGACUUGACAGUCGCACAUCUAGCCCAAGCCGCUCGAUAUGGCUCCAGAUUCCCGAAGAUACCUUUCGCCAGCAUCUCGUAGAUCUUGAGAAACGCACAAACGCGGUCCCGGUUGAGCCGCAGAUUUUCAACCUGGAACACAACACAGACGCGUGUGCUCACACCCUGCCGCUAUAUGUCGAGCAGCAAUUAGCAGACGAUUUUGCCUUCUUGGCUGCCAUCGAAGAAGGUGCGCAGAGUGUGGCUGCUGCAUGUCUAGAGGAACACGUGCAGCCAGCCGGGCUUACCGUACGGUUCGCGGCUCUAGACCUAACCCUCAGCGAUCAAGUCAAGGCUGCUCUCCAGCAGAUCGCUGAUGGUCUAGUUUCAAGUGCAACCAAUUUGGACAAUCUGAUGCAGGUCGAGGUAUUGUUCGAGCAAAUUGUAAAGUUGCAUUUCCGCCGACUGCUCGCUCGGCUGAGGUCCAACAAGUGGGAGAAGCCUAAGUACCUUUUGCGACAACACAAAAAGCCUUUGUGGCAAGAUUUUGCAAAUAUGAUUCACCGAGUGCAAUUCCUCUUCACCAAGAAAGAGGCAGCACUGAGAGAUUCCGUGGAGACAAAGCUACAUGGUUUGGCUGCGUUGUACCAGGCAUUCGAGAGUUCCGACUCGGGAUCACACAACGAGUUCCCUCUUCUCCAAGACCUCAUCAAGGCAAGCUAUCAGAUUUGUAAGGCUGAGCAUGUUGCCUUGUUUGCGCAGCGCCUGGAAGACAGUGUCAAGAAGACGCCCACAUCGAAAGUUGCAUCAGCUAUCAAAUGUCUCCGACAGAUCGAAAAGAUUGCCGCGCACUGGCGUAUCGCCACCUUUCUCGUUGGUGUAAGUCGCAAGUAUCCUUCACUGUUCCACUCAAAGCUGCAAUUGGCAUUCUUGACGCCGUACAAGAGCGUCCCGACUGAAAUCGGAUACGAAACCUGGGCGAACAGUUGCCACGUACACGCCGAGGUGCAACUAGUCGUGUAUUACGAUCUACACCUUCAGUCCGCUUCUUGUGUCUCCAAAUCGAAUGGUAGUCGGCAUGCAACAUCCCAGCAGAGCUACUACCGCCCUCGAGUCAUUGGAACGUCAAAAUGGCUUUGCUAUCUAUGCUACUUGUUUCUUCGUUCUCACGAUUGCUUCGUUCCUGCCAACACUCACGGCCGACUCUACGAUCAGUGGACGGUGCCGGACUUGGCUGAGUACGGGGAUCAUCUACGCGCUCGCUACCGCAGUAUUGUGAACGCCGUCGAUGAGGAGGUCGUCAAAGAAACAACCCAAGUUGGCGCAGCAACGAAGGAGGACUCCGGCCUUGUAAAAUGGCGCGCUGAGCCGAUGACGAGCAGACAGAACCUGCUGAGUAUGGAGAGCAGUAUUUAG